UAUCAUAAUUUAUAAUUUAAUAUUUAUUUUGCUGGUACGAAAAAUUACUUAAGAAUUAAGAAUUAUAUUUAUUUUAAAUAUAUAGUAACACUGUAUUGCACAAAAACUUGAAAAACAGAUACUAUAAUUUUAUUACUGUUAUCUCUGAUAAGAGAAGUAAAAAAAAUCAACAUCUAUCAUGCCGCAAAACGAAUAUAUUGAAAGACAUCGUAAACUGUAUGGACGACGCUUGGAUUAUGAAGAAAGAAAGAGAAAAAGGGAGGCUCGAGAGCCUCAUAAACGAGCAGAACGUGCUCGUACAUUGCGUGGUAUAAAAGCAAAGAUUUUCAAUAAGGAACGGAGAAAUGAGAAGAUUCAAAUGAAAAAGAAAAUCAAAUCUCACAUGGAAAAGAAAGUAAAAGAAAAGUCAUCCAAUGUACCAGAAGGAGCACUACCUGUAUAUUUAUUGGAUCGUGACAUUAAAAAAGAUGCAAAAGUAUUAUCAAAUAUGAUAAAACAGAAACGUAAAGAAAAAGUUGGAAAAUGGGAUGUACCAAUACCAAAAGUUAAAACGCAGUCAGAAUCUGAAGUUUUUAAAAUAAUAAGGACUGGAAAGUCUAAACGUAAAUCUUGGAAAAGGAUGGUAACAAAAGUAACGUUCGUUGGCGAGAACUUUACUAGAAAACCACCAAAAUUUGAGAGGUUCAUAAGACCAAUGGCACUUCGUUUCAAAAAGGCACAUGUGACUCAUCCCGAAUUAAAAGCCACAUUUUGUUUACCAAUUAUUGGAGUCAAAAAGAAUCCAAGUUCAGCAAUGUACACAAGCUUAGGUGUCAUUACAAAAGGAACAAUUAUUGAAAUAAAUAUUUCAGAAUUAGGUCUUGUAACUCAAUCCGGGAAAGUAGUUUGGGGAAAAUAUGCACAAGUUACAAAUAAUCCUGAAAAUGAUGGAUGCAUUAAUGCUGUAUUGCUUGUAUAAAUUACUUCUGAGUUGAAAUUGAAUUGUAUUAUCUUUACAAAUUCAUCAUGCAGAUAUUUGUUAAAACCCUAACAGGGAAGACCAUCACGCUUGAAGUCGAGGCGUCGGACACCAUCGAAAAUGUUAAA